GCGAUCGUCGUAGUUGUGGCGGGUGGGUGUCUUACCUGAUCUGCCUUCUCUAUCAUGAGGGUGCGCAGUGGCUUGGGGCGGUUGCAUCUGAACUGCAGAACUUUACGAGGCGUCAGAACAUAGAGCUGAUACGUCAGAUCGGACCUUGAGCUCAUGAGGCGUAGUAACAAGGAAAAGGCUCUCAGCGCUCGCAGAUGGUAAAAGCUGAGCAAAUGCGCGGGCGUUCCGACGGGACAAGGAAAAAGGUGAUCGCCGAUCGGGGAUGCAGUCGCAUCGGAACUGCCGGCCGAACUUCUACCCGGAGUUAGAUCGUAGAGCGGAUGUCAGGCCGGACCUAACUCUUCUUGAUAUAUCAGGGUGUAUUCAACGGUGUUUACAUAUUUAUUGUAAUCGAUGCAUCAUAUCGCAGCAUCCAUGAGUGUGGGCCAAACAAGCAAGCAGGGCCAUGAGUAUGCUCUCUCCCCUUCGAUCCCGAUGUAGUUGCUCCAUUGGGCAAGCCCCCCCUUUUCUGCUGUGCCAAAAAGACUCCACGCAUCCUAUCGCAGCAUCCAUGAGUGUGGGCCAAUCAAGCAGGGGCAGGACUAUUCUCUCUCUCUUUCGAUCCUUACGUAAUUGCUCCGUUAUGCAAGCCCCUUUUCUGCUGUGCCCAGGUCUUUUGCUCUAACAAGCUGGUUUUUGCAUUUUUCAGGACCCUCUCCCCUCCUGCCUUGUUGGCGGCCGACCUGGUGGAUGCCUCCAUGGCUGCACAGGUGAGCGGAGUGUGGAGAUUCAUUGUUGUGGCGGAAAGGGGAGGGGGGGGAAGCGUUCAAAAGUUGAUUUGAUUCAACUGCACAAACAGCCAGCACACAAGGUCGAUUGAGCAGAGCGUGUUUCCCUCCCUUGCACAAACCCCCCUCCCCUCCAACCAUUUUGCUCCUGAUGCAAUUGUAUAGAUCCACGAUGUUCGGGGGGCUCAGUCGGCCAUGGACCUAUUUGGCUGCCGGGGGCCAGUCGAAAAGAACAAGCUUUGCGCUGCACCGGUUCCACUGUUUUUUUCUACAUCUGGUGCACAGCAGGAGUCCGGGUCGGGAAGAAGAGGCACAGAGGUACUUGUGGUUUAAGCAUUUCUUCUUCUGAAGCAGAGUCCUUCCGCGAGCCGACACCCAGGAAAAAAAACGAACACACAGGGAUCGUCCCGCAAGCUGACACCCAGAAAUUGAACGCACGGCGAUCUCUCCGCGAGCAGACACCCACAAACUGAAUACGCGGGGAUCACAGCUUGGGUCACAGCUUGGGUCACAGCUUGGGUCACAGCUUCCGUGGUCACAGCUUCGGUAGUCACAGCUUCGGUCACAGAUGAUGGCGCAAGUGUUCUUGCCCAGCACGUGUGGGUAUAUCCAAUAUGGUGUAUCACAAGUUGUGAACCUGGUCAAGUAUCCUCAGAACAGACCAGACCAGAUCAUAUGAGACCAGUACUUCCGCAGCCUCGGAUCCCUCCGCAUGACAGCACGCGGAUUCGAACCGGCCCACACUAGACCUCGAGCCAAGCAUAUCCUCCGCACACGAAGCGGGCGAAAGCCGAAGGCCUGACUUUAGCGAGUGAAGCCACGCAAGACAAGACGUUGGAUCUCGUACUGAACUGACUAUUUUUUGUUCUUUGAAGUUUGUGCGCGAUGUUUCUGAUCAUUUUUCAGUGGUGACAAUGGUGCAUGACGCCGCGCGUGAUGUUCCUGGUCCGUUGUCGACGUACUGAAUGUUCGGAGCUUGCCAUCGCUAUGUCCACUUUUGCUUGAAUUGGCGGAGGCAGAAGAAGACCGAAAAAGAAAGUGGAAACGGUCGUCGCCAUGGAGACGCCACACACCUUCGUCAUUCUGGUGCGCACAUCACGGAGGGAGGGCACAGGUGGCUUCAUCCGAACGCACAGAGGGACGGCACGGUUGCCUUCAUCCGCAUGUAACGGUUGUGGGGAUACCAAGCACAGUGAAAGUAGAUCUGCUGCGGAUUACCAUCUCCGAAUCACUGGGAGCGAAUAUUCGACGAUUUGGACGUGCACGAGGGCUUGAAGGGGGGUGUGGUUUUAUUUCCAGGUUCGGAAAGCUAUCGCUGUGUGAAGCCAGAUUGAUGGAGGCUGCUGAAAAAGGGUAAAGGGGAGAGGUCUGUCCUUUGAAAAGAAAAGAAGAAAAAGAAAAAAAAGAAAAAAAAGAAGAAAAAAUAAAGGGAAAAAAACAAGUACAGGGGAGAGUUGAAGGUGGAAGACACUGGGUUGACAUGAUGUGCCUUUAGAAAAUAGUUCAAAGUACAGCUUUUUGCAUAAAAACAAGAAAAAAAAAGGAAGGGGGGAACAGGGAGGGGGGGAGAAUGAACGAGCCCGCCGACG